AUGGCUCGUGGAAAGGUUCAAAUGAGGAGGAUUGAGAAUCCGGUGCACAGGCAGGUAACGUUCUGCAAGCGCCGGGCUGGGCUUCUGAAGAAGGCAAAGGAGCUCUCCGUGCUCUGCGAUGCCGAAAUCGGAGUUUUCAUUUUCUCCGCCCAUGGGAAGCUCUACGAGCUCGCCACCAAAGGAACCAUGCAAGGGCUUAUGGAGAGGUACAUGAAAUCAACCCGAGGGUCUCUGCAGGCUCAGGCUGACGAGACCAUGCAAACGCAAUCUUUGAAUGCCAAAACUGAGAUAAGCAUGCUGAAACAAGAGAUUGAAGUACUGCAAAAAGGUCUCAGUUAUAUGUUUGGAGGGGGAGCUGGAACAAUGACUCUAGAAGAACUGCAAGUUCUUGAAAAGAAUCUUGAAUUUUGGAUUUAUCAUAUACGCUCAACAAAGAUGGACAUUAUGUCUCAAGAGAUUCAACUGUUGAGGAAUAAGGAAGGAGUACUGAAAGCUGCAAAUAAGUAUCUCCAAGAUAAGGCAGAUCAGAACACUGCAGCUCUUGACAUUGUACCAAUGACGACUAAUAAUCCAUAUCAGCUAACCAUACAAAACGAGAUAUUUCAGUUCUAG